CAUCACUUCCUGUCAAAAGCGGGCACAUUCUCUUCGCUUGGAUUUUGUUGUGAGGGAAAUCAAAAAUCAAUCCCUAGGUCUUUAAUCGUAGUUUUCAUUACUUAUGUUGACUUUAUUGUGGAAUAAGACAUGAAUUUAACACCACAUUCGCCAUGACAGAGAAUUUGCCCCGGGGGAACUUUGGUCCCAUUCCCUCUUCCCUCCCGGCAAUCUCUUGGUUUGAGUUUCUGUUAAAUGAGGAUCUCUUAGAGAAACAUUUGCAGCAAGACAAUCCAGACCCUUCACCAGUGCAGUUAAUUGUGCAGUUCUUACAACAAGCUGAUGCACAUGUAGUUAAAGAGCCCCUACCACCAAUCCCUCCAGGCGAUAAUGACAGCAUUGAACCGCAGGAAGUAAAAGUAUUCAUCAAAGAAAACAAAAAGGUGAAAGCCCUGAGGUUGUUGGCUUUAAGAGUUGCAGCGCAUUUAAAAUGGAACCUGAACAUCAUCCUCACUGGUGUUCCCCUCGUUAUGGUACAGACCCUGAUAACAGAACUUUUGAAGAUCACGCUGGGAUGUGAUUUUAACACCGUGGAGGAUCGGUUGUCGGGGGACACUGUCACGGAGGAAGCCCUGUUUGCUCUUCAUCUCUACCACAGAUGGUGCCUGAUGUCUGUGGUCAGGGACAGUUUUCCAGUGAGACCUGUCAAACACUUUGCUCAAAUGCAAGGACAGCUUGAUUCCAUGGUGUCCAGUGCUAACGAGGCUGUGAUCAGAUAUUUGAAGGAGCGGACUGAUCUGUCAGUAGAAUACCUACAGAAGUGUCUCCAGUGUGGGCGGGUCCUCAGGAUGCCCAUCAUGCACUGUAUAAUCAUUCCCUCCGAGGAUCAGGAGGACUCUCUGUUCCACUGGGAUAAAGCCAUCGACAUUGAUCCCCAAGAUUAUCAAUCUCAGAUCAUGUAUGACUUGGGAACGUUUUACUUCUACACAGAAGCCUACACUGAUGCCCUCCACAUGUUUACGCAAUGCCUUGACACAGUCUCUAAAGUGACCUCCCCCCAGCUUAGCGAUAUUGACACUGCCAGACUGAAAGGCUACCACACUGCCUGCCAGACUCUGCGGUCUGUGCAGACACCACAGGAAAAAGCGCGGGAAAGUCUGUACCAGUUAGCAGAACAGGCCAGGAAGAAUGAAUAUCAGGGUUUGAUAGAUGUGAUAAUCGAAGAUAAUCUGAAGCAGGAGUUGACCUCAGCCUACAGGAGUGACCUAGAGGAUGAAUUAGGGAACAAAGAUGACAAAUAUAGUGAGAUAUACAUGCAGGUGAGUGUGUGUAAUGUCAUCAGGAGUGUGAUGGAGGGGAAAGCCUUGGUCUCCCUGUUAGCAGACAUAGUGGAGGAUGCUGAGCAUUCCACAGUCGACUUUCUCAUCAUGGUUCUUUCAAAAGCAAUGGCUGGAUCAUCCUUUUCACAGAAAUCCAAUUUAAAGUGUUUCAUAUGGCAUCUGAUGGACCUUUCACCAGUUGGAUCUCGAUUUAACACGAUGGUGGUAUCUGGGGAAUUACGUAAUUACUUUACGCAGGAGGAAAUCAAAGAGAUGAACCAAUACAUCAAAGAGAGCUCAUCUCUCUCCUACAGUGACAUCUACGAUGACGCGACAACAAUGUGUUCCAGCUAUCCCAACAGUCGAGUUUGUUCUGUCAUGAGUGAAGGAGAAGAUUCUUCAGUGAGUGCGGGAACGGUGGAACAACAGUUGAUGUUUAUGUAUGAACCAGAGUCCAUAAACAGCCUGACCAGGGAGUUGAUCCUGAAACUUGGCAGAUCUCCUGCAUAUGUCAUGGCACUUAAUGAAAAAUGGAAAGUUCCGAAGGAGAUGCACCAGAUAAUUUACAAUCUGGCACCCAGCGUAGAGCAAGCAUUUGUCUACCUACUGAUUGGCAAGGCCUGUCAUUGUAUUGAUGUCAGGAUCUUUGAGAGGGCUCGUCAGCUAUUAUUGGUAGCAGACAGAAAUGUUUAUGAAAUAUCCUACAUCUUGUCUAAACACGUACGAUGGUACAUCCUUCUGGCCGACCUCCUACAGUUUUAUACAACAAAAUCUCUGGGCAUGAAUACCACUCUACAGGACCUCAUCAAGAAGACCAAGACCUGCAUCACUUCAGUCAGACUUGAUCAAGAUAUUCAGCCCACUAUGGCGAUAUUGGAGCACUGUGCUGCUUUCCUCCUGAACAUUAGAGAUUGGCAAUAUCUAACUAACAUGGAGAACAGCGGCAGCGGUCAUAUAGAACUGUGUAAACUGCUAGCAUGCAUGUGUAAGGAGUUGCCUUCCAUUAAAUCAGCCCGAAUUCCAGCCAGGGCCUUAUGGGAGGCGGUGAAAAAUGUCUUCACCAAUAACCCAAGCUAUAAGAGAAGCAUGAGUGGCCGGAUGGACAGUGCACAUGUCCGAGACUCCACACUGGCUAUCCUGGCUAAGGAACUCUUCAUAGACUUCCUGCCCAAAAUCAAGGAGCCUCUGGUUCUGUCUGUAAUGGUGUCCUGUCUAUCCAAGUUCUACAAUAUAAUCAGGGAUGAAAUCAGCUGUGAAAUUUCUAGUGAUUAUCUUGCAUUGUGGCCGACAACCGUCAGCAAUAUCAGUGCCAUGAACAAGCCUGGUAUAGAAGAGGCGGUGGUUCUUCUGAUGCAGCAUGUUCUUCAGGUCAAUCCCUCCCAGCCAUCUUGGCUCAGAACACAGGCUGACAUUCACUUUGCCAAUGGUCAGUAUUCCCCAGCCCUUAAGUUCUACAUGGAGGCUGGAGUGGUGGCUUCAGAUUUCUUCUCCAGUGCAGUGCCAAAAAGUAUAUACGAUGACCAGGUUUACAAAAGGAUGAUCAAAUGCUGUUCUUAUCUCCAAUGUCAUACUCAAGUGGCAGUGCUGUGUCAGUUUGCAGAGGAAAUUGACUACGCCACUUGCUUCAAAGCCCUACAGGAGCGCAACUGUUACGAUGCCAUGGACACUUACUAUUCCUGUAUAUGGGACAUCAGUAUUUUAGAAUAUCUUGUCCACUUGCAUUCCAAACGAGGAGAGAUGGAAAAGAAACAGGCAGCAUUGAAAGCUCUUACUCAACUGGAUCUCAACAGCAGUAACCCAGAAGACAUCAUUCAGCGAGCCGUCCAGAUGCGCAAGAGGAAGUUCCUCCGAGCACUCGCUAAGCAAUAUCUGUAGAAUUGUUGGAAAUCAUAACUCUGACAUCCGUUAAGCAAUUUUGAUAGAACGGGAGUGGAACAGUUGAAGCAGAAUUUCUGAAAGAUGUGCACUGUAAUUGUUGCUUUAUAAAUGUGUGUAUGUUGUCUUCUCAGCUACGUAUAUUGCAACACAUUGAAACCGAAUGUGUUAAAAACCAAUUUUGACCAAGAUCUGAGUAGUCCCAAUACUGCACAUUGUGUGACGCUGUCUUUCAUACUUCCAAGCUGUUUGCAAGAGUGUCAGCGCAUUAUGAAAAACAUGUUGGCAACUUGGCAUGAAGUGGCGCAGUUCAUCCCCAUAGGGAUUUUCAGAAGUGAAAUUUAUUUUUUUAUAUUUACAUUCUAUUUUCAUUUCUGUUGGAAUUCCCAGUCGUUAAAAUAGAUGUACAUGUACUAUAUUUAUCCAGAUUCAUACACAUUGUUCACAAUGCAUCACAUUCAUGAGGAAAUGGCUAUCAUUACUGUGCUUACUUUUCACAUACUCUUGUUUAUUAAGAAGUUUGAUCCAAUUUAGUUGGGUAUAUGCAUUUGUGUGUUCUGUACAUCAUGUAAAUGUGUGUCUUUGAUCUUUUUCAAAUUUUUCUUUUCAACUUUAGGUCAGUUUCCAAUUUAUUGCAUAAAACAUGUGAACUUUGUAUAAUAUGUAAUAUUGGUCCAAGUUUUUAGAAUUUAUGAAAAGAUACAAAUUAAUUACGUGGUCCCCCAAAAGGAACAGAAUUUAUACAGUUUUAAUGUUUAGAGAGAAAUAUUGCAAUUUAACUAUGAUCAUCAAAUUCCUAUGUAAAACAUCACUGCACACAAAGACAUUGUGGGUUGUCCUCUGUACAUGUAUUUGCAAUUUUUGAACUUGGCAGAAUAUUAAAUCUGAAUCUGUGACUACAA